AUUUGUUGCUGGCGUCAUUCAACGAGAACGACUUCCAGCAUUUGAGCGCCUGCUUUGGCGCGCCUGUCGUGGUAAUGUCUUCUUGCGACAAUCUGAAAUAUCCGAGCCUCUUAUUGAUGCUGUCACUGUAUGUGAUUUUGAACUUUCUAAAAUUAUCUUCAUACUUCCUGUCGAUAAAUAUUCCAUGUCUUUCAGCUUUCGAGCAACUCUCUAUCCAUGCCCGGAUACGCCUCAGGAACGACGAGAGAUGUCCAUAGGAGUAAUGACUCGCAUUGAAGAUCUGAAAACUGUUCUAGGCCAGACGCAAGAUCACCGGCAUCGGGUCCUGGUAGCAGCAUCGAAAAACUUGCGAAUGUGGUUGACAAAAGUGCGUAAAAUCAAAUCCAUUUAUCAUACAUUAAAUCUGUUCAAUUUGGAUGUCACCCAGAAAUGUCUGAUUGCCGAAUGCUGGUGUCCUGUGGCCGAGCUGGGACGAAUUCAACUGGCUUUAAAACGAGGCACGGUUAGUCUGAAGCGAUACGAUAUGCUGUACUUUAUGAAAUGA